CAGACACAAGUGUACGAAAUCAAAACCCUAUGCAAACCCCAUUGCUACUCGCCUGCUCCCACGACGACUGUUGAAUCGGAGAGGAAGAUGUGUGGAAUUGCGUUGAUUGUCUCAGGCAUUCAAAUCAACAUCUCAUCUUUGCAACUCAACUCAGCAUGCCCAACUCGUCAAACUGAGAAAUUGGUGUUCUCUUUAGAAGACCUGAAAGCAGCACUCAGGAGAAGAGGCCCCGAUAGCUUGCGUACCAAGAAGGUUCUUCUGCAAUCCUCAGGGGAAAAACUCUCCUCCUUCAUAGAAGAAGAUGAUGAUGAUACAUUGUGUUCCGAACGCGAAGAUAACAAUCGCGCGGAACUUCAUUUCAUUGGUGCCAUUCUGCAGCUCAGGGGAACUAUUCCGCUUGUCCAGCCCUUGUUCGACGUGUCUCGAAAUGUUCUGGUGUACAAUGGUGAAAUUUUUGGAGGCUUUCACCUUGCUAGUGAUUGCAAUGACGCUGAGUUUCUCAUUCAGACUCUCGAGAAGUGUUGCUCCUGUGGUUCUUGUUUGACUGGUCACUGUGUUACAUGUGGCAAAAGUUCGAUUCCAGAUGUUCUUUCUACAAUUAAAGGACCGUGGGCUAUCAUCUAUUGGCAGGAUAGUUCAAGUACCCUUUGGUUUGGCCGAGAUGCAUUUGGUAGGCGGAGUCUCCUUGUUCACUGGCCAACAGAAGAUGACUCAACCUUUCUGCUUUCUUCUGUAUCACCUGUUUCUCAAGCUCAGCAGGCUUCUGAGUAUGAAGCUCAUAAUGAAAUAGGAUCUCUUAGUUACUGGGAAGAACUACCGUGUGGAAUAUACAGUAUGCAUGUGGGUACUUCAAAUUUAAAUGGAUAUCUGGUUGGUGACGUCAAGAUGCAUGAGUAUACAAACUCAAUGUUAAAUGAACUUAUCAAGUGGGAGAGAAUUUCCGUUGAACCACGCUCUGAAGAUCUGGAGACAUCUAGGAGGCAAGAUGAUUCAGCUUCUUUAGAGGCAGUUCCAUGUGCUGCAGGUGGGGCACAACCUGCAAUUCCAAUGCAAGUUCAUACGUUGCUAAAUGUUUUAAAGGAAUCUGUAUCACGGCGUACUUCAUUAUAUACUUUUUAUCAGGAAGUGAUAUCUGGUGUCAGACAAGAGAAAUUUGUCCCCGUGGCAGUUCUUUUCUCUGGUGGGCUGGAUUCUAUGAUACUUGCAGCAUUAUUGGAUCAAUGUCUGGAUCCCAGUUAUGAAAUUGAUCUACUUAAUGUAAGUUUUGAUGGUGAAUCAGCUCCUGAUAGAAAAUCUGCCAAGGCAGGGUUGAAAGAACUAAAAAGAGUUGCACCUUCCAGAAGGUGGAGACUUGUAGAGAUUGAUGCUGACCUAUCAGACUUGGUGUUUGAAACUACUCAUGUUAUGUCCCUCAUAAAUCCUGCCAGCACCUACAUGGAUCUUAAUAUUGGAAUUGCUUUAUGGCUUGCUUCUGGUGGUGAUGGAUGGGUGUCUUCUGUAAAUACAAAUGAUAAAGAUACCAAUCAUGCACGGAUUAAGUACAAGUCUAGUGCAAGGAUUCUCCUUGUUGGUUCUGGUGCUGAUGAACAGUGUGCUGGAUAUGGGAGGCAUAGAACUAGUUACAGAUGGGGAAGUUGGUUGGGGCUAGAUGAGGAAAUGAAACUCGACAUGCAAAGAAUCUGGAAAAGAAAUUUAGGGAGAGAUGAUAGAUGUAUUGCUGAUAAUGGAAAGGAGGCUAGAUUUCCCUUCUUGGAUGAGGAUGUUAUAAGGGUUUUGCUCAACAUUCCAUUGUGGGAGGUUGCCCAACUUGAUCAACCUAGUGGCAUCGGUGAUAAAAAGAUUUUAAGAGAGGUUGCAGAAUUGCUUGGAUUAUAUGAAGCAGCAGUUCUGCCAAAACGAGCAAUCCAGUUUGGUUCAAGAAUCGCCAGGGAGUCAAAUAAAAAGAAUUUUGGAAGUAAUAGAGCAGCAAAUCAAGCGUCCGCAGGGAGUGUCAGGAUUUGUAGGAAAUCUAAUUUUAGUUGAUUCUUUUAAUUGAUCUAGUUAAAUGGAAAUGAAAAUUGUAGUUUUUUCUUGGCCUCCCAGACUUGUUUGUCAACCUUGAGUGAUACAAUUUCUUGAUAAUGACUGAUUAAGUGCUCAUGAAACACUGUUCUUUUAUUCUCUAAUCAAGUUAUCCUAUCUCAAAAUUUCAGAUA